AUGUCCGCGCAGUACAGCGCGCUCAAAACGCCUGAAAGCAGUACAUUUACCCCUUCAGAAUGGCAAUCGCCAGCAAGGUCGUCAUUCGACGGUGAAACGUUGCUCGGGAGUACGAGCACGAAGUAUGCCGCUAUUCCGAAAGAACGAGCGUCUAGACCGCGAUCAAGCCGUAGGGGCGUCUUUACGGUGCCCAUGGCGCUUCAUGCAAGUGUCCUCGCUAUCUAUAUCUCCCUCUACAUUGUGUGGGUUACGGGUGCAGAGCAGAGCAUACGAGUGGGCCUGGCAAAUGCUUCGCGCGUUCAAACGUGGUUGAAUCUGAUCAGUCAUAUCAUCAUGCUUGCGUUCUCAACUGUCAUAAUCGCCAUCAUGCAACCUAUGGCCACUCGUUCCCCUUUCGUCAACCUCCCACAAUCUUUGACGAUGGUGUCGGACAAGAUCACAUCCUGGGGCGGCCUCGGCUCUGCGCUUCUUAACCUCUAUCGCAAUCUGAGCCUCCCUGCAACGCUUCAGAAUGCCCUCAUCGUGACCAUAUACUUUUCCACUCUAUCCGGGCUCGGUAUCAGCUCGUCUUUUCUAUUCGACGUCCCUGCAAUCAACGACACGACUACCAACAACAUGACAACCCUCAUCGGUGCGCCGUCCGUGAGGGCAUUCAUUCCUUCAAUCAUAUCUAAUAUACCCCCGAACUUCGCCAAUAUCACUUUUGACUGGUACCGAUCCAGUGUCGGAGUUGGCAUGCUCAUCGGCAGCAACGCGACGGUCUACCCUGGCUUGAGCGCCAAUCGGAUAUACGACACGCUUUCUCCCCCUAUGCCCGCUUCAUCAAACUCGACGGCGCUGGUUGGAUACACGGACUUCAACGUCCGGUGCGGGGCUGUCGCCGACACAUCCCACAAAGCAAGUUCAUACUUCUACAAGAGGUUCAUUAGCGCUGGAGGUACUGCUCAUGGCGGUGACGACAUGCGAAUGCCCACGCUCCUGUCGAUCAAUUACACGCUCGGCGCACAGCGAAUGCAGCUAUACGAUAGCUUGUCCAUAUCGAUGUCAGAGCUAGUUGCAUCCAGCACCGCGGUCAAUCAACUAUGGCAGCCCUCCGAUGUGCUAUUGCGUGUUCCCAGUAGUGGCCUCUUACCGGACACGGGAAGAAAUCUCAUCCUGUACAACAUCUACAAUGAGACUGGCUCGGUGGCUGGAAGCAGACCCAUACUCGACUCAAAGGGGUCUCUUGGAUCUCCGUGGCCGCUCACGGUACAACACAGGCUCUCCACUGUCACAGACGAGACAGAACAGUUUCCGACCGGCUUGAUGAUACAGGUCAUCGGAUGCUCUCUGCCCACGAGCACCGGCCAGAUCAUGAUCGACGCAACCACUAAUUCGCCUCUCUUUCCCCCUGCGCCAUGGCAAGGCAUGAGCGCCAAUAGCACCUGGCAAGGAUGGACACCUGAUCUGACAAAAUCGAACAAACUCGAGGACUCGUGGGCAUCCAUGCUUUUACCCGGUAGCUCGAUGGCACUUUGGGAGGACCAGCCGGUUCCGCAAGCUCCUCUAUGGUCCUGCGUCAAUUAUGUCCCCACCUGGGGCAACGACACUGUCGUUCCUACAGAUGGCGAAGGCGAAGGGCUUGACCACUGGGAUAUCGACGUGUUACAGAGGAUGUAUGAGACUUGCCACGUACCAACGCUCAUUGAGGAGUAUCUCACAACACAACUAUUUGGCGCUUCGAAGAUGACGUACGAUGGCGAGCUAUCAUCGCCUUUUGACAACAAUGUUAUACGUAGAGACCCUCUAGCCAAUGCGUCACUUGCAGCGCUCGAAUCAGCUCUGGCGAAUGCGACGGCUAUGACGAUGUGGUCCGCUGCGAGGGCCAGUACACUGACAACAACUACGAACACAACCCAACCUCAAGGCGGAGAGGACCAACACGGGCGUUGCGCAUUUAUCUAUAACCCUAACGGAGUGCAAGGGUACUCGACGAGACUCGAACCAGUAAGCGGUUCGACGACAGUGACCGAGCAAAGACUUGUCGGGCGCAUAGACUUCAACCUCCCAGCAUUGAUAUCCGGAACAAUACUCGCGACUGUUCUUACCGUGCUCGGUCUGUAUAUGCUUGCUCGCGGAGACGUGCGGGAAGGAGAGGCCCCCAUAGAAGACGCCGGGCUGCUAUGCCUCAUGACGUUGGAUAACUCGGCUGUUGCUGCACGAUUAUCGCAGUAUAGUAUGCACAGCUCAGAAGCACGACGGCGAGCUGGAGCUUUCUCGGUGAAGAUCGUUGAUGGCCGUCUUGUGCCAAUUGAGGACGCCGAAGAUCCACCCUACGACGGGCAUAGUGACCGCUGA